GCUCUAAUUUCCCGUUCAGUCCCACGGCCUCUGUUACCAUCAGCAGCGGCCUGGCCCAAUCUUUUGAAAACCCGAAGUUCUGGAGUUGCAUUCACAGGAAGCCGGCAAGAUUCUAACUUACCGGUAAAGCUUCUAAGUUAGAUCCCCAACGCGUACUAAAUAGACCAAAUUCGGUACCUUUUCUCUGCCUGACGCGCUUCCACGCCCACGAGUCGCACAACCUCGGAUUGCUCGAAGCUUCAACCUGGUGAACCCACACACCAAACGCUGGCGAUGCUGCCAGCAACCAACAACCAAUCAUGACGGCAAAUACGAACCGUUUCUCGACAUACACGUCCACGUCCACCGGGCCCGAAGAUGAAGAGAAGAAGAAGGACAUGUGGAGCUCCAUGCUCGACAACGUAGCCAGCGCCAAGAGGUUGCCGGAGAAGAACAUGCUGGUGCUGGGAGGCUCGGUAGAAUCACAGCGAGAGUUCCUCGAGGCACUGUCAAGCAACGAGCAACGGCGCAACCUGGACCGAUCCAAGGAUAAGAUCCCACCCAUAGCGAACAGCUACGCCCUCGGAUACACGUACUACGAUGUGCUUGACGCAGACCAAGAAGAUAUCCUAGCACGUGUGUCCAUGUAUCUCCUCUCGACACCCUCUCCCGCCUUCACAUCUCUGCUGAAGCCCCUUCUCACACGGCAAUCCAUCCCCAACACACUGAUAGUAAUACUCCUCGACUGGUCACAACCCUGGGCAUGGAUGCGCCAACUGCGAGACUGGAUUCUGCUCAUGAGGACUGUCAUAAGCUCCCUGAGCUUGGAGUGCAAAGAUGUUCUGGAAGAGAACUUGAACGCAUGGAAGGACAGGGGCCGGGGAGGAAGCGCCCUGAACUUGGACGGCACGGCUGCGGUAACAUCAGAAGGCGACAUGCCUUUACCUGUCGGACAAGGCGAAUGGGACGAGCCAUUGGGCCUGCCCGUCUGCGUGGUCUGCCAGAACGCGGAGAGGAUGGAUUACUUGGAGAAGAGCCAAAGCUGGAAGGAGGAGCAAUUCGAUUUGGUCCUGCAGUACCUUCGCACCACUCUCCUGAAGCAUGGUGCUUCUCUGAUAUACACGAGUCCAGCCAAGGACACGCCGCUACAAAGCCUAAUUCAUGCAAGCUUAGGCGUUCACUCGCUACUGAAGCGCGCGCCUCUAAAGCACAAUGUCAUCGACAGGGACAAGAUCGUCGUGCCCCCGAACUGGGAUUCUACCAGCAAGAUCAUGGUUCUCCGCGACGGCUUUGAUGUAGAUGCGGUCAGCAAUGGCUGGAGUAUCGAUAUUGACCAGCCCUUCAUUUUGCCACCUAAGCCUGUUGAGACGAAUGGCGCUGAGGAGGAGGUACUUGAUAGCGCCGCGUCUACAAAUGGCCACACGGAAAGCAUUCUUCAGGACCCGGAAGGUUCAGCAGUCGCUCUCUACGAGUCCCAAGUGCAAGACUCCAGUCUUGACGCAUUGCACCUAGCCCAGCAGAAGCAGGAUACGACAAGACUCGAGGUGGAGGCAGCGAGUGCGCAAGACUUCUUAGCAACACUGGUACCACGCAUCGACACGGAGAAGAAGGUCGACGAAGAACAAGGCAAGCAGUUUGUGCAGGAUACUCAGGGCGCAGAUGAAGUCAUCAGCGAGCACAUCGGUCCUGUUCAGUUCAACAUGGGCGGCAUUCAGGUAGACGCCGAUGAUAUGGUACAACGACUUAAGGACCGUCAAGCAUACAGUCAGACGCCGGAACCGCCAGCCGACGCCGAAGAGGAAUCGGGUGUGAACAAACCCGUGGAUACGGAGAGAUUGGCUCAGUUCUUCGGUAAUCUUAUGAACAGGAAACCUGGAGCUGGGAAGUGAACGCUUCAAAUUGGGAGACUGUACGGCACGGAGUGGUAAAUCUGAACAUUGUAUCGCUUGUGCGCUCCGUACUCUGUACAUCAAGUUGAAGAGCAGCAUAUAAUACGAAAAUGGUCAUAAUGUAGUAGCAGGAGAAGGGGAAGCGCGUGUGGGAUCUUAGCUGUAUGUUAUUGAGCCAAGUGGAAGAAGGGUUCUUUUAAGCUGUAUUUGUGGCGAGACACCAUAGAAUUGAUACCCCCCAAUGUCAUACGAGACAAAUCGGUUGACUU